ACCCGCCCCCUACAUGACACAUUUAACAACCAAUAGGCAGUGUGCGUUGCCUAGUUUACUAGCCACCGCUCGCCUAUCAGAAGACCGGAGUCUAAGCUUCCGGUUGGUGCCCUGUGCGUCUGACCUGCGUUCGGAUGAACUUGACUGGAAAUGCAGAAGUUGGGCAAAGGGAAGCUGCUGCGGAGUGGACUGAAUGCUCUCCAUCAAGCAGUGCACCCUGUCCACGGCCUUAUCUGGACAGAUGGGAGUCAGGUGUUCCUGACUGACUUACGGCUUCAUGAUGGAGAGGUGAAGUGUGGGGCCUCCAAAGUCAUUGCGCGAUUCGAGUAUGUCUGUGGGCUCUCCUGGGCCCCGCAAGGGGCCACUGGUGGGCCCGGUCUGCUGGCAGUCCAGCACAGGAAGCAUGUCACUGUGUGGCAGGUGAGACCCAACGUGCCGCAGGUGAGCGAACAGCUGAUGUCGGUGUGUGAGAUUAGGGAAUCGCUCCCUGUCCUCCCCCAGGGCUGUGUGUGGCACCCUGAAUUUGCUGUCCUCACUGUGCUGACUGCCCAGGAAGUCUCGGUUUUCCCUAACAUUGAGUAUGACAGUUCCCGGGAAAGCGUGAACUUUGGUCCCUGGGGCCGUGUCCACUGUGCAUGUUGGACCCAGGAUGGCCAGAGGCUGGUGGUGGCAGUAGGCAGCAGCCUGCACGCAUUUAUCUGGGAUGGUGCUCGGCACACUCUCCUCCGGUGCUCCCCAGUGUUCCAGCUGGACAGCGCUGUCCGGUGCAUCACGGCCACUGUGUACACACAGGUUGCUGUAGCAACCGAGCUUCCACUAGAGAAGAUCUGCAGCUUAAACGCAUCUGACACCUUGGACGUCCCACCCAUCGGGGAAAGCACCAGCCUGCAUACAUUGCCAGUCGCCAGCGAGAUGUCUUGUGUGGAUAAGGGGGAACCUGCUUCUGAAACUGGUCGUGAAACCUCAGCACCGCCCAUCUCCUCAGACCCUCUUGAUCUCACUCACAUCCGUUUUGGCUGGUCCAAGUCUGAGGGGAGUUCUCUGAUCUGUCUAAGAAAAAACGACUGCUUGAUGGGACCCGGCCAGGAUUCCUCACAUAUGCUCCUUGUGGAUUUUGAGAAAAGGGCGAUCGUGACAGGAAGGGUCAGUAUUCCAGGCAUUCUGGUUCCUGAUCUGGUUGCGUUUCAUCCCUGCUCACAGGUGGUGGCUGUGGCUUCCAACACCUGCAGGACGAUCUUGAUUUACUCCUUUAUCUCAGCUGCCAUGCCCAUCAUCCAGCAGAUUCAGCUGGACAGCAGCGAAAGGCCAAAAGGCCUUUGUUUCCUGACGGAGAAGUUGUUGCUGAUCUUAGUAGGGAAGCAGGAUUCCUCUGACAUGGCCUUUCUUCCUUCUUCAGAAUCCGAGCACUACGUCAUGCACUUGAGCAUCAGAGAAGUCACGGGAGAGGCGUCUCCGGGGACCUUGAGUGAAGGCCAGAGUGCCUGCUUUCCCUUCAGUGCUCUGUUAGAGAAAACCCCUAUAGAGAUGUCAGCCCAAAGUCUCCCCCGCGAUUUUUGUCACCAAAACGGAGGGCUCUUGUUGGCAGCCAAUAGUAGAGAUCAGAGUCAAGGGCCCAGAAGAGCCCUUAUUAAAGAGUUCCCAAGCCCUGCCUCCAGUGUCGGGGAUGGUUCCAUGGGCCUGGACAUUCUGCCGAGGCCCUCCUGGGCAUGGACCACACUGCCUCAGCCCAGUGGAGACCCGGAGCACACCAGCACACCGGAAGCUGCUAACCUGCAUCUAAGAACGAACUUGGAGCAGGAGAAGGGAAAGCGGCAGGUGUGGGAGGAACUGGCCACGCUGUCACAGAGGCUGAUGGAAGUACAGCGCGGUCUGUCUGAACUCGUGGAGCUGGUGCAAAGCGGGAAGACGCGGCCCACCGUGUACCCUCUCUCCCAGAACCCCCCUUUCGUCCACAUCCUUCACCAGCAGCCCUGUGGGGCAGGUCCCGUGGGCAGAAGGGCGAUGCUGCUCUGUGGUGGCAAGCUGCGGCUCAGCGCGCUCCAGCAGACCUUUGGCCUCGCGACGGUCGAGAUGCUGCACGACUCCUGCUGGGUCCUCCUCACCGCCGACAGCGAGGGCUUUAUUCCACUGACCUUCACCACCGCCCAGGAGGUAGUCGUGAGGGAUGGCUCUCUACCCGGGUCCCGUGGCGUCAAGGACUCCAAGCAUGCCGAUCCUGCUGGAACCUCCAAAGCCCUCAUUCCCCAGAGUUCAGCCCCCACAGAACUGCUCUAGCCUCGGGGCCGGAGCAGCGGCAGAGCCUGGCAGGUGGCACCACUCCAAGCUUGCUCUGUUUUCCAAUGAGGACUCCGCCUGUCACACAGGUGAGGUGCCUGCCGCAGUGGGCCCUGCCACUUCUCCAUCUUGUACCUGGACCAAGGCCCGCUGCAGGUCAUGGGUCUGAACGUGCCAGCUGGCUCAAAAAGGGCAUGUUUUGGAGUUCACAUCCCCAGCUCUUUUGUCUAGGGACAAGAUUCCCAGAACACACCAGAAUCCUGGUACAAGAUGGGUUGUGCGUUAGGUUUCUCUGGGGGCUUUGCAUCCCGCCACAUCCCUGCUGUAAGGAAGCUGUCUCGAGAGCACUUCAGAGAUCCACGGAUUCGCUCUAGACCCAUCACCGGGCUUCAAGAGGACAAAGGGCACUCAGAAAAGCCUGUGUUGCAGUCUGCUUGGUAAGCCCUCAUGGCAGCAGCCAGCAAAGUUGGUACCAACCUGGCUGGUCUCUGUCCCCGGGGCUGCCUGACACGGUCAGUGCUGACGCAGGCCAGCCCUCUUGGGACUUAAGCCUGACCCUUGUGCUUCCUUAAGCAACUGAGCAGAGGACGUUGGGAAUAUCGACAAAUCUAAGGUCAUUUUUUAAAAAGUGCCAGGCGAGGUUACCUACCUACUGUGGGCCAGCCUAAGAGCUAGAGCCCAUCUGUUUCCACCAGGCGUGCUGCUGCUCACUGC